CGCGGCGCGGGGCGGGGCGCCGGCCCGCAGCGGCGGAGCCGCCCCGUCGCUCCGGCGCAUCGCGGUCGCCAUGGCGCUGUGCGGCCGCUCCGCGCUCCUCCCGCCGCCCCCGCGGCACCGGCCCCGGCCCCGAGCCCCGGGGCCCUUCGUCAGCUGCAGCCGCCUCCGAAAUAUUCAGAGUAUCCUGACACAGAGCAGCAAAUCUCAGCCUGAUGGAAUCCUCUGCAUUUUAGGGAUAGACAGUCGAUACAAUGAAGGGUGCAGGGAGCUGGCAAAUUAUCUGCUCUUUGGUUUGUACAACCAGAACAACAAUGACUUUGAAAGGACAGGUUUUCCUGAGGAAGUUCUGGAUGAUAUAAUCAUAUUAAUAAAACCUGACAGUGUUCAUCUGUACUGCAACCCUGUGAAUUACAAUCAUCUUUUACCCUAUGUGGCACACUGGAGGAACUUGCAUUUCCACUGUCUGACUGAAAAUGAGUAUGAGGAUGAAGAAGCUGCAGAGGAAUUCAAGAUUUCCAGCUUUGUGGACAUGGUCAGGGAUUGCAGCCGCAUCGGGAUCCCCUACAGCUGCCAAGGCCACCUGCAGAUCUUUGACAUGUUCAUCGUGGAGAAGUGGCCGAUCGUCCAGGCCUUCGCGCUCGAGGGGAUCGGGGGCGACGGCUUCUUCACCAUGAAAUAUGAAUUAAUGGAUGUCAGUGCUGAUUUAUGGAAGACCUACAGCAAAAUGGAUCCUGUGUCCUUGGAGGAUUUGCUUUUUGAGGAUUUAAUGAUUUUUGAACACCAAUGGACCAACUUUUUUGCUAAUUUUGACACUGAAAUUCCCUUCAUUCUGGAACUCUCAGAAUCUCAGGCUGGGGAGCCCUUCAGAAGUUAUUUCAGCCAUGGUAUGAUCUCAAGCCAUAUAACAGAUAACAGCCCGAGCCGCCAGCCCUUUGUCCUGUUUGGCAGCCACUCCACAAAGGAAAACUUGAACACUGGGAACUUUAAUUUUCCAUCUGAAGGACAUCUGGUCCGAAACACUGGCCUUGGUGGAAGCACUGCCAAGCAUAUGGUAGUGCAGUGUGUAUCUCCAAAGGGACCUCUGGCUUGUUCAAGGACCUAUUUUUUUGGAGCCACUCACAUUCCUUUCCUGGGAAAUGACAAUGAGAUGCACAAGCAAGCUGAGCAAGUUACGCUGUUGUCGCAAAUAUAUUCUGCUGUUGUAGAGGCUGUGCUUGCUGGCAUUGAGUGCUAUGCUAAAACUUCCACUGAAUCCAAGGCAAAGGAGGUGGCAGAGCAGGUGCUGCUGUCUGUGUUAGACACCCUUGGCUUAGCACAGCUGAAAUCUGCUUUACGCUCCAAAAUUGCUUUUCAAAUCCAGGCUGUGAACAACCAUGGCAGAAUUACUCCAUUAGAUAACGAGGACAGCCUGAGUUUGAUCAAAACGGCAUCCAUGAUGGUGUUUGACAUUCCAGACCUGCUCACAGGCAGAGGAUGCUUGGGAUCUGUUGUGUUUUCAGAGUCCUUCCUGACAUCACAGAUACAGGUCAAAGAAAAAGAUGGCAGCAUCCAGCCAGACUCCAGGCACGUUAUCCUGACUGCAGCUAUCCCAAGAUUUGCUUCCUGGCUGGUUGAAGACAGUGAUGUGAAAUUGUCUGAAAAGGCACAGCAAGUAUUGAAGGAGGACAAAUCUUUCCUGGGCACUUUACUCACUGGGGGUGAUGGAGUUUAUAUCUGUUCCAGCAACCCACAGGCCAUGCCUGCAGAAGGCAAACUGUAUUUCUUUUCUGAUGGAAUUCUGUUCUGUGAUCCCCACCACGGCAGCAUUUCCAUUUCCAAGAACCACAUGAGUUCCAUUUCUCUCUAUGAUGGGGAUUCCAACAGCAUUGUUGCUGCACUCUUUAUAGACUUCAAAAGUUCCCUGCUCCCUUAUCUCCCCAUUGAAUUCCACACCCAGAACAACUUCCUGAUGAUUGCACUUUUCCCCAAAAGAAAGAUUUAUAAAGCUUUUUAUUCACAGGUUUUCUCUGCAUGGCAAAACCAGACAAACUCAGGAUUAUCUUUAAGGGUUGUCCCAGAAGAAUUCCUGUCUGAGGAACAAAAGAGGCUGCAUUCCAGUGUCCAGAAGCUUUUCAAUGCCUUGUCUUUUGCUUCUGGGGAAAGAUGCAGGGAGCUGAAGCUGUCUGCUGCCAUUCCAGGAUUGGAGAGGUUUGUGCAACACUUCACAGUCAGCAGUGUCAGCACCAAACCAGUGAUGAGGGCACAUCUUCCUGUCCUUCUCCAACAGUCAGAAACCAUUUCUGACAGCAAAGCAGAAGGUGGUAAGGUGAUCAUCACCAUCCUCACUGGGCUCCCAGGGUGCCGUUCCAGUGACCUCUGCUCUUUCCUUGUCACUUUUACCAAGGAGCAUGGCAGGUGGAUUGUGUAUCGGCAGACCAUGGACAGCCCGCAGUGUUUCAGUGCCUCCCACUUCCAGCGCUUCCUGGCCGGGCUCCUGGAGGCCCAGCACAACCUUGGAGUCCAUCAGCCCAACCACUCUGGGAAGAGGAACAGGCUCCUGGUGGUGCUGCAAGGGUACACUGAUGUUAUUGAUGUUGUGCAAGCUCUGCAGACUCACCCUGACCCAGAUGUGAAAUCUUCUUUCAUCAUUGGAGCAAUCAACACUUGUGUGGAGCCUCUGAGCUGCUACAUGGAACACAGGCUUCUUUUUCCCAAGUUCUUGGACCAGUGUUCUCAAGGACUGGUGAGUAACGUGGUUUUCACAAGUCAUGCCACAGAGCAGAGGCACCCACUCCUGGUGCAGCUGCAGAGCCUGAUCCGAGCAGCAAAUCCUGGAGUUUCCUUCAUCCUGGCAGAAAAUGGGAUUGUAACAAGGAACGAGGAUAUUGAACUAAUUCUCUCAGAAAGCAGUUUUUCAAGUCCUCAGAUGAUGAGAGCUCGAUAUUUAAUGUACCCUGGCUGGUACGAGGGCAGGUACGGGGCUGGGCCCGUGUUCCCUCCCAUGGUUCAGAUCUGUGUGUGGUUCAGCCGCCCUCUGGAGAAAACGCGAUUUGUCACCAAAUGCAAAGCAAUUAAGUCGUUGCUCAAGCCAAGUCCUUUUUCUGGAAACAUUUAUCACAUCAUGGGCAAAGUGAAGUUUUCAGAUGCUGAUAAAGUCAUUGAAGUGUGUCACAACACAGCAGCAAAUUCCCUAAGCCUGGUGCCUGUUCCGGAGGGGCCAACUCCUCCCGAUUCCAGAAAUGAUCCCAGAGACUGCAGCAGUCAACAGGAAUAUUUCCUUGUGUUCAUUGGCUGCUCCCUGAAGGAAGAGGAUAUCAAAGAUUGGCUCAGAGAAACUGCAAAACAGAAACCUCAGAGGAAAGCCCUGAAAACCAGAGGAAUGUUAACUCUUCAGGAAAUCAAAAACAUCCACGUGAAACGCCACUUGGAUCCACUCCCAGCUGGUUAUUUUUACAAUGGGACUCAAUUUGUGAAUUUUUUUGGUGACAAAAUGGAUUAUCAUCCAUUAAUGGACCAGUUCAUGAAUGAUUACUUGGAAGAAGCCAACAGAGAAAUUGAGAAGUACAACAGGGAGCUGGAGGAGCAGGAGUACCACGACCUGUUUGAGCAGAAGAUUUAAGCACGUGGAUCCUGAGUGUUCCUGUCCUUGUGUCAGGAACCAAAAAUGCUAUUUUGUCCUUCUGGCUCACCAGAAAUCGAGUGAAAUGUCUGUUUUCAGCACUCCUUCCCAAACUAAGGGAUUGUUCCCCUAAGGUUGGCAUUUAACACGGUAACUGCUUAGCUGUUUGUACUGUCAGGAUUGCUUCCACUUCACCUUAAUUCCAGACUGUACAAAGCAUCACCUGGAAUCUCUGGCUUGUGGUGGAAACGUGGGAAAAAGAAGAAGAAGGAGGAGAAAAGAAGCAAAACUGGAUUUAUUUCCUAAAAAAGGUCAGAAUGUAAUUGUGGAAUUGGGCCAUGGUGCAGAUAUCAAACAAUCCCUGGAUGUCCCUUGGAAAUCGUUGCACAGGAGCAUCGAUGGUCAGUGGGGAGUUCAGGGUGUGGGAUUGGGGUGUUCCCAAAGCCAGAAAUGGGGGAACAGACUCGGAGGAGUCCCCAGUCCCAGAACUGUUUGAGUGUUCCCGAAGAAAAAAUGGGGGAAUAAUUAAAAAAAGUAAGAGAGUCCCUAAUCCCACAGCUGCUGGGCUGUUCCCAAAGCGAGAAAUGGGGGAACAGUGGGGAAAACUCAGAACUGAGUCCCUAAUCAGCAGUUGUUGGGGUGUUCCCAAAGCAAGAAAUGGGGGAAUUAUUAAAAAAGUAAGAGAGUCCCUAAUCCCACAGCUGCUGGGAUGUUCCCAAAGUGAGAAAUGGGGGAACACGGAGUUCCUAAUCCCAGAGCUGUUGGUGUGUUCCCAAAGCGAGAAAUGGGGGAACAGUGGGGAAAACUCAGAACUGAGUCCCUAAUCAACAGUUGUUGGGGUGUUCCCAAAGCAAGAAAUGGGGGAACAAUUGGAAAAACUCAGAACUGAGUCCCUAAUCAGCAGUUGUUGGGUGUUCCCAAAGCAAGAAAUGAGGGAACACUUCUCAGAGUCCCUAAUCCCACAGCAUCUGGGCUGUUCCCAAAGCGAGAAAUGGGGGAACAGUGGGGAAAACUCAGAACUGAGUCCCUAAUUAACAGUUCUUGGGGUGUUCCCAAAGCGAGGAGUGGGGGAACACUUUCUCAGAGUCCCUAAUCCCACAGCUCUUGGUGUGUUCCCAAAGCAAGAAAUGAAGGAACAGUUGGGGUAACUGUGAAGAGCCCCUGAUCCCAGAACUGUUGGUGUGUUCCCAAAGCAAGAAAUGGGAGAAUGAUUCAAAAAUUCAGAAUCCCUGAAUCUGCAGCUGUUGGGAUGUUCCCAAAGCGAGAAAUGGGGGAACAGUGGGGAAAACUCAGAAUGGAGUCCCUGAUCCCACAGCUUUCAGAGAGUUCCCAAAGUGAGAGAUGGGGGAAUGGGGAAAACUCAGAUGGGCACCCAAUCCCACAGCUGUUGGUGUGUUCCCAAAGCGAGAAAUGGGGGAACAGUGGGGAAAACUCAGAAUGGAGUCCCUGAUCCCACAGCUGCUGGGGCAUUCCCAAAGUGAAAAAUGUGGAAACAGUGGGAAAAACUCAGAAGAGUCCCUAAUCCCAGAGCUGUCAGAGUGUUCCCAAAGCGAGAAAUGGGGGAACAAUGGGAAAAGCUCAGAUGGGCACCUAAUCCCACAGCUCUUGGUGUGUUCCCAAAGCGAGAAAUGGGGGAACAAGGGGAAAAAUUCAGAAUUGAGUCCCUAAUUCCAGAGCUGUUGGUGUGUUCCCAAAGCAAGAAAUGGAAAACGAUUCAAAAGUUUAUAAUCCCUGAAUCUGCAGCUCUUGAGAUGUUCCCAAAGCGAGAAAUGGGGGAACAAUGGGAAGAACUCAAAACUGAGUCCCUAAUCCCAGAGCUGUCAGAGCAUUCCCAAAGCAAAAAAUAGGGGAAUGGAAAAAGCUUGGAUGAGCACCUAAUCCCACAGUUAGGAUGUCCCCAAAGUUACAGAUGGGGGAACAAUGGGAAAAACCCAGAAGAAUCCCUAAUUAAAAGCUGAUGGGAUGUUCCCAAAGCGAGAAAUGGGGGAACAGUGGGGAAAACUCAGAAUGGAGUCCCUGAUCCCACAGCUGCUGGGGCAUUCCCAAAGUGAAAAAUGUGGAAACAGUGGGAAAAACUCAGAAGAGUCCCUAAUCCCAGAGCUGCUAGGUGUUCCCAAAGCGAGAAAUGGGGGAACAAUGGGAAGAACUCAGAAUGGAGUCCCUGAUCCCACAGCUUUCAGAGAGUUCCCAAAGUGAGAAAUGGGGAAACACUUGAUUGGAGUCCCUAAUCCCAGAGUUAAGAUGUUCCCAAAGCAAGAAAUGGGGGAACAGUGGGGAAAACUCAGAACUGAGUCCCCGAUCCCACAGCUGCUGUUGUGUUCCCAAAGCGAGAAAUGGGGGAACACUUUCCAGGUUCCCUAAUCCCAGAGCUGUCAGGGCAAUCCCAAAGGGAAAAUUGUGGAAACAGUGGGAACAACUCAAAAAAGUCCCUAAUCCCAGAGCUGUCAGGGUGUUCCCAAAGAGAGGGAUGAGGGAACACUCCCACCCCCACCUUUGCCAGGGCUCAGCCCAUCUCAAUCCUCAGCACAGUUUGAGUCUGCACUUAAAAUUCUGACUUGAAAGAAAAGCUAUUUAUACAUUUCAGGGUGAAAUCAGUGGAGAAAUCUUAAUUUCUUCCCAGUGCUCUCAUUGGGAUUCUGGAAAAUAUUUCCUGGCUGGCUGCAAUGUGCACCUUGCUUAGAUUAUCCCUGGAGGAUUCCUAUUGCAGUCCUAAAAACUAGGCAAGGCAAGGGGGAGAUUAUUCAGCUGAAGAAUUCCUUUUCAUGAAGAUAAAUGAUUUCCAAAGGUAAAAAAUAGCAAAGGAUAUUACUUGAAAGAGGCAGGAACUUGUUUGUGGAGCUUCCAGAAGAGUUUGCACGCCGUAACAUUUCACUGUGCUGGUGAGAAAUCAGCUUUUUAAGUAUUGCAACAGAAUUUUUAUAGUUCCUAAAUGAUAGAACAGGAAUGCUGGCAGCCUGUCCUGACUUAAUUCAGAAUCAUUUUAAAGGAGGCUUUAUAAAUCCCUGCCUGAAGGAUUAUAAAGCACCUUAGCAGCUACUUACAGGUAAUUAUUGGAGUUUAUUUGAAUAAGCAGUUUAUUGUAGCAUGCAUGUGUUCAGAAUUUAGGUGAGAGCAGCCCAGCAGGAAUUUUUUAUUUUCAUAUUCCUUUGCCUUAGGGACAGCUCAAUCUUUUACUGCAACUGCAGCUUUUCUUUCUGACCAGAUGUUUGUGAUACAGCAAGAAAUGGAAUGAAAAAUCUCUUAAAAUACUUCAAAUGUAUCUGCACAGCCUCAUCCCGAGGCAGGAAAAUGAGAUUUAACCCCUGCCAUCAAACCUGAGGCUAAAUUAGAGUUUAUGCUUUGCUAAAGAGAUGUAUUUUUUACCUUUGGAACAUGAAAUUAGUGAAAUUUCAGUGACCUGAAGCACAUUUUAGGUGGUUUUGGUCUUCAUUGCUGGGUGCAGAGAUGGAAUUCCAGGUGCUGCAGGCUGGGAUAGAAAUAUUGAUAAGAUUUCAUUCCUCGCUUUCCUCCUAGAUUUAAAAAGCUGUCUGAAUUGAAGACUUUAGUAUUUUAUUUUCUUUUUUUUUUUUUUGCACACCACGAGACUUUAUAUAAAAACUACUUGUAUCCUGUUAGAGGCCAGUAAAAGCCAGCAAUUAGUUUGUGUUUUUAGGCUUUCCUGGGGUAUUCCCUGGAUCACAAGUGUGGAGCAUCCUGAUAAAGCUCGUGAGUUUUAUCUAUGCAUGGCUAAAUUUUAGUCUUAAUAUCCUGUAGUGCCUGUAGAGCAAAGGUAGCUAGCAGUGGGUUUGGGGAGGGGGGGCUGCCAGGGGUUUACAACUAAAUCCAGUUGGUUGCAUGAAAUUAUUUCACAGCCCAGAAUUUUUAGGAAUCCCAAAAUUCUGGUGGCGGCGCCGCAAUAAAAAAGGGGCAUUAGGAAAUUGAACUGCAAUUGGAAUUGCUUUGCCAAUUAACUCAGUGUAAACCCAGCUGUUCCAGUCCCAGUUCUCUCACCUGCAAAGCCAUAUUUUUAGAGUAGUGGGAUGUGAUGUGGGAAGAAAUUCCAGUGGUUGGGACAGCAGGCACGUGGUGGAGGCUUUGUCUCAACUCGUGAGUGGAUACAGAGUAGAUUUAAGUGCAAUUGAUUGAAAAUAGAUGAAGAUGCUGUAGCUGAUUUUUGCUCUGCUGAACUCUUUUUAAGAACUCCAAUUUGUGCAGCUCUCAAAUCAGUAUGGAUGGGGCUUGAUCCAGCUAGAAUUCCAAGCCCUGUGAACAAAAUAUAAAAGGAAAUAAUUGGGUUGUGAGUGUGCAAAUUGAGGUGUUCCUUAAAAACUGGAGCAGAAGAGCUCGGAACAAAGGCCUAGAACCCUCCUGUGCUGUGCUGCAUGUGCUCUAUGGUCAUAGCUGUGUAUUACAAAGACCUUUCACCAGACUGGUACUGGCUCAAUUCAUGUAUUUUGGUAUUGAAAGAAAUUGAUUACCUCAAUUUUUAGCUUUUAUUUUUGAACUGUGACUUUUCAACCAGAACAAAAAAAAAAAAAAAAAAGAAGAAAAAUACCGAAAUAGUGAAACUGUGACAAUGGUAUCCUUUAAAUGUAGUAGUGCCUUGCAGAUGACACCAUUUAUUCCCCGAAUAAAUGGGUGUCAGGGGUUGCACCCCCCUUUUUUUUUAAAGGAAAAUAACGGUUUUGGUGAAAGGACUUAAAAAUUUAACCUAGUGACAAAUAUUAGCACAAAUGGUUAAACUGUUUAAAAGAAAACUCUUUGAGGACUGAAAUGCCUGAUGCUGCUGCUGUUGAAGAGCAGUUGCUGAUUUUUUGGGAGUCGAUUCUAACGAUCAGCAGCGCUUUUUGAAUUUUUUUUUAUUUUUUCUUUUUAGAAGAGUGUAACUUUUGUACUCUGGUCAGAGCUGUUUGUACUGUAUGCAAUCCCCAGCCCAGGGGAUUUGGUGUCCUCACUCCUUGGAGCUCGAGGUGAGGAUGGAGCUACUCCGAAGGAUUGGGGUUUGAACUUUUUUUUCUACUGUAUAAUUAAAAAAAAAGAACCAACAACAACAACAAAAAGCACCAUUUCUAACCCACUGAUGUUUGGAUACAGCAAAAGUGCCAUUACACCUUUCCUUUUCUCUUUUACUGUACUUGGAAAAAUUUGUGUCCAGGCAUUCCUGAGCUUGGGAAGUGCUGAAGAGUCCUCAAGGGGUUUCCACGCUUUGCUGACCUUCGUUAGCAGCUUGUGGUGGUGUUUUUUUCUUUCUCCUCACCGAGAAUGAGUGUGAUCAGAAGUUACUGAAGUUAUAGCAUUCAAAUGUGACCAACUUAGCAGGGGAACCUUUGCAACUUGAGCUGCUCUGCAGUCUGGGAGUAUUUGAAUUUUAAGCUGUGCAAUUUGGGAUUAAUCCAGUUUUACACUUUGCAAUUAACACACCGGAUUGCAGGGAGGAGUUAAGUUGCAUGUGAGGGUUCCCUCAUAAGUUGGAAUUUUUAAAAAAAUUAUUGUUAUUUUUUAAUUGAAACUUGUCUGAAUUUGCACAGAUUUAAGCUCUGGAAUACUUUUGGUAUUCUUGAAAAGGGAAAAAAAAAAUUGUGACUAGUAUAGUGAAUUGUGAACUGUGAGUUGGUAGAACCACAAGGUUGAUCUAAUCUUAGGUUGUUAAAAAUGUACCUCAGAAAGCUCGUGAGAAAUUGCUUCAUUUUUACCCAACAGCCAGAUCCUGAUGUAACACUUCUCACUUUACAAUGUGCCAAAAUUCACUUUUAUACUAGUUCUCAAUGCUUUAAUAUUUGCAACUCUAAGUUAAAAACGUGUUAUUUACAAACACUACUGUAACUUCAGUUCAGCUGAAUGGUGUGAUUGAAGCUUUUUGCCUCUCGUAUUUAUUACACAACUUGAUUCAGUAAAUAUAAAAUGACCUUUCCAUUUAUUUUUGUAUUGUUUUACAUGUUUAUACCUGCAGUUUGUGUGACUUUUACACCUGUAACUCAGAUGUGAUGGAAAGAACCAAUAAACAGUAUCCAUCCAC